GCCGCGAGCGCAGCAGUCGACGUCGAGCGAGCACCGGGCGCGCGUGCAGUCGUCGCUUAUGUUCGUCUCUUCUCUUUUCGCGCGCGAUAUCUCGUAUCUCUCCGAGAUUUACUCAUCCAGUCUUCUGUGUAUAAGUAAGGCUUCGUACGUGACACGGGAGAGAUAAGGAGACUCGAGCUCUCGUGACGGUGUGUUUUUGCAUUUUGUUGUUUUUUGUGUAUGUUGUGCACCGCUCUGUUGCUCUCGGCGUAGAGGAGACUGACUAACGCGACUACACAUCAGCAGGAUGCUGCCGAGGCGAGCAGCAGCAGCGACUUCGCCGCCGCCGGCGGGCUGUGAAUUAGUUCGGCUCGUCCGAUAAGCAUACAGUAGUGGGCGAGGAGUUUCGCGUGCAUUUCGCGAGUAUAACAUAACGAUCGUGUUCAGGUGUAUAUACGGGCCGACUGCUGUGUGUUGUGUAUGCAUAUAGCGUACACAACUUGGAAGUUGAGGAGGAGAGGUGCGCCGAGUGUGAAACCGAGGCUCGUUGGCCUGGCAACUAUACCACUAUAGCUGCUACUACUCUGCAGUUGUUUCUUACUCUCGACUUCACGGACGACGCGAUACGGACUUUAUGGACUGACAAGGUGAGUUGAAAAAGCACGCGUCAAAAGGCGUGAGUUCGCUAACGCUCUGACGACCCGCCUGCCGGGCUAUCUCGCGCUUAAGAGCCUGAGCCGACUGGAUAAGGAAACUGACCUGCUUAGCCUCGAUCAUGACGUCACAGCUGCACAACCCACCCUGGCCUUGAUGCGCCGCAUCCUCGCAGAUGCACAGGCGAAACUGCGCGUGAUGGUGGAGGAGAACACGGCGACGGGCCUGCGGCUCGGCGAAGCCGACCUCGACAAGGGAGGCGCCGAGCUGCGGGCCGGCCUCGCCCUCAACCACAACAGCAGCUUGCACCACCACAACAACAACAACAACAACCACCACAGCAGCAGCCUCAACAGCGCCAGCAGCGCCAGCAGCACCAGCAGCACCAGCAGCAACAGCAGCGCCACCAGCGCCUCGACGCCCUCGAGCAGCAGCUGCGCGCCGCCUGGACAGAACUCGUCCAGCGGGCCGGAUGUCGCCAGUCCAGCCAGUCCUAGGGAGCAGCAGCAGCAGCAGCAGCAGCAGGCGAUGCUGCUGCCGCAGCAGGAGGACGCGCUCGGCAUCAAGCGACUCAGCACCGGCAGCAGCCCCGUCGACAAGAGCUGCGUCAGCCCGGUCGACAGGAAGGACGGCAGCCCCAUCGGGAGGCUGGAGAAGACGAGCGCGGGCUCGUUCCUGGACUCGCGCUCGGGCAGCGCCAGUCCCGUGGGCGGCAGCGCCCGACUGCAGACUGGCUCGUCGUCCCUCUUCCAGAGGCCGGGCAGCGGCAGCAGCAACAGCAGCAGCCUCAGGCCGCCGCCGGCGAAGGAGACCUUCGACAAGGACGACCCGGCCAGGACGGACGAGGACAACGAGCCGCCGGGACCGGCGCCCAGCAGCAGGCCCUGCUCGCCCUCGACCGCGCUAGCAGGACUAAUCGGCGACCCGGUCGUAGCUUCGCGGCUCUCGAACCACUCGCACGCCGCCGGUGGCCUCGAGCCCCUGGCCUCGGGCCGUCGGCUGCGGCUGGAGAACGAGCGCCUCGUCGCCGAGGUGGCCAGGCUGCGCCGACUCCUGCUGACCGGGGCCGCCCGGGGAGGCGCCAGCGGCGAGGACGCCAGCCUCAUCGAGGACGAGGCUCGCUACGUCGCCCUCGAGAUGGAGCUCCAGCGCAUGAGGGACGCCCUCCAGAGCCUCAAGGCCGAUCGGAAGCGGCUGCGCGCCGAGAAGUUCGACCUGCUCAACCAGAUGAAGGCGCUCUACGGCACGCUCGAGGACAAGGAGCGCGAGCUCAGGGACUUCAUUCGCAACUACGAGCAGCGGAUGCGCGAGAGCGAAGCCAACAUGGGUCGGAUGCAGCAGCCAGGAGUGAACCCGGAGGAUCGAGAGAUGGAGAGGGAACGCGAGCGCUGGAGCCUGCUGAGGGCGGCGCGGGACGAGGCCGACCGCAGCCUCACCCUCGCGGCGAACCUCGCCGAGAAGGAGGCCGCCCUGUCCCACGCCCACGCCACCAUCAAGGAGCUCCAACGACAGCUGGCCGAACGAGGCGGCGGCGGCGGCGGCGUCUGCCUGAGCGACCAGGAGUCGCUGCUCUCCUUUCCCCGAAGCAGCGUCAACGGCGGCGCGGCCACCCCCGGGGCCGGCAGCAGCAGCGGCGGCGUCCAACCGCAGACGAUCCACGGCUCGGCCAGCGAACUGGUCGUCCUCGGAAGCGCCGUCCCUCUGAGCUCCGGAGCCACGGGUGCCAGCAGUACCGGACAACCCGGAGACCGAGGAAGUUGCAGCGCGGACAGCGGCGUCCGCGGCUCCAGCGACCGGGAGAGCGGAGGCGCCACCAGCAUCGGCGGCAACCUGUCGGACUCCACGACCGACGGCACUCCGACGAUCAUGCUCGAGGCGAGCGGCUUCGACGUGGACAACAUCUCCUUGGUAUCCUCCUCGAUAGCUCCACCCCACAUGUACCAAUCGACGACGCCAAAGGACUGCAGCCCGAGUCUCUCGCCGCUGAACGCCUUCUCGAGGUCGAUGGAUAACUCGUCUCUGUCUCGUUCGGUGGAACAGCUGUGCAGUCCACUCGACGCCGAGCCCAAGCGCAGCAGCAAGAUCCAUCAGCAGCAGCAGCAGCAGCUGCAGCAACCAGCUCAAUCUCUCGUACCGCAGACGGUGCACUCGAGAUCGUCGGCGACCCGCGGUGGUACCUGGGGAUCCAUAUCGAGGGUGUUCGCGCGCUCGCGGCACCGGAAGGCGACCAACAGUUCCGGCGUGCUCGGGAGCAGCGCCGGUGGCGGCUGCGAAGGCGCGCCCGAGGGCUUCGACCCGUACCGCUCCUGGUCACCCCUGACGGAGGAGGGCUACGCCGAGAAGCUGCGACUGCUCAGGGAGGCCGCAUCCGUACCCAUGGAGCGCUGGAGAGCGCCCACGGUUCUCGCCUGGCUCGAGGUCGCCCUGGGAAUGCCGCAGUACGGGCCUAGGUGCGCCGAGAACGUCAAGUCCGGCAAGGUACUGCUGGAGCUGAGCGACGCCGAGCUGGAGGCCGGUCUGGGCGUGAGCCACCCGCUGCACCGCAAGAAGCUGCGCCUCGCGAUCGAGGAACACCGGCAUCCGAACCUCGUGCGUUAUCCCUGCAUAGCUCAACUGGGCCACACCUGGGUCAGCUCCGAGUGGCUGCCCGAUCUCGGGCUCUCCCAGUACGCAGAGAGUUUCGCCACCAACAUGGUCGACGCGCGAAUGCUCGACCACCUGAGCAAGAAGGAACUCGAGAAGCUCCUCGGCGUCACCAGGAAGUUCCACCAGGCCAGCAUCGUUCACGGUAUUAAUCUCCUCAGGAUGCUCAAUUACGACAGACAGGCCCUUGCGGUCAGAAGACACAAUUGCGAGCAAGUCGACGCUGAUCCCCUUGUUUGGACCAAUCAGAGGUUCAUUAGGUGGGCGAGGAAUAUCGAUCUCGCGGAAUACGCCGACAAUUUGAAAGACUCCGGAGUUCACGGCGCCCUGGUGGUACUGGAACCUUCGUUCACGGGAGACACGAUGGCCACGGCCCUGGGCAUACCGCCGGCAAAGCACAUGAUCCGCAGGCACCUCACAGCCGAACUAGAGGCCAUUGUACUGCCGGCCAGAGGCCAGUUGGAGGUGGUUCCGCGCAACGGCGGCGGAGUCGCCCGACCGAUGAGCAGCGUCGGGAGUAUGGGACGUGGACACCGGGCCUCGGCGCACAUCCAGCAUCACCAGCAUCAGUCGGCCCUCCUCGGACCGAUGCACCAGUCGCUCAGCCAGGCCAGUAGCAGCGGCGCCAGUAGCACCAUCGAUCGACGACGAUCCAGCCUCAGGGGAUCCCUAAGCCGAGCACUGGGCCUGCGACCUCGCAACGAGAAGGCCUCUCCUUCCUCGUCCUCGGACACGGGCAGCCUCGCCAGCCAGAGCCAGUACAUGAGCAGCCUGCGCAGCAACUCGCCUCCGCCCCCGCAGCUUCCUCCUAGACCGUCCACGGUAUCGGGCAGCACGAAGCGUCACCGGCGCGUCAAGAGCAUCGGCGACAUCGAGUACAUGUCGAGCGUCGUGGUGAGCACGCCCGUCUGACAGGAGGUCCGGCCCCAGCCUGCGCAGCAUCCGGGGCCUUACCGCAGCCUCAGCGAGCGGGGCUACUCGUCCUCCUCGUCGACCUACUACUCGCAGUACGGCUCCUACUCGGGCUACAGCAACGUCGGCGGAAGCGGCGCCGGGACUGCCUCCUCCUCCACCGGAGCCAACUCCGACUACUAUCAUUACCAGUCGCCGGUCAACAGCUACUACCAGCUCCAGUCGGGCUACUACUCGCCCCAGAGCUCCGACGGGUCGUUCCCCGGCGUCCAGAGGUACGGCAGCCUCGCCGAGGAGGCCUGGCCGACGUCCACCAAGCAGGACCCUACGCCGGCCGCCCCCGUCUCCGGCAACGCGCCCAAGUUCAAGAUGCAGGACCGGAUCAUUUGAGCAAAGGAGACGAACUUAUAAAUGUAUAAUUCCAUGUUUAUGUAUACUAGUCGAUGCGAGAGAAGAAACUAGCCGCUCGCCCGCGCAGCUUUUAACUUGGGCACGUUUCACCACGCUAUAAUGCAUAUAACGACGCUCUCGACGCUUUUCGUGUGUACGAUGACGAUAGACGCAAUUGUUAUAAGGAGAAUCGAUUCGCGCAGUGACCAUUCGUCUCCGGUACCUGGCAACUAUAGCAACGACUAGUGUGACUCGUCGAGCGCUAACGAAGCACCACAUUGUAGACGAAUUAACGAUCUAACUAGACUACUACUAUUACUAUUACUACUACUCGUAAGAAUGAUUCAUCAAUCGCAAAGCAUUCCCGAGUGACGCGUACGAGGACCUCGUUGAGAAUAAUGAUAAAAGAUGAAUUAUUUUCGUGAAGAAACAUAGAGAGAGAGAGAGGGGGGGGGUGAGAAGCUGAAUUCGAUAAAUUAAAGCCUGCUGAGAAUAUUUGUAAAGAGUCGUGUUGUUAUUAUAGAGUGCAGGCUAAUUUUCAAUCGCUCGACCUUUUACUAGCGUCCAAAGAUUAUAUUAUUAUAUAGACUAUACACGCACUCGCGCGCAGAAGCCUAGACUCGUUUGCGACUAAACAGAAGCUCUAAACAUUAUUAACGAACGGAAUGACAUUAUGAGUCUUCGAUAAGCUGUUGUAGAACUACAUAGCUAUUUGCAGAAUCGUUCUCUAUGUACAGAAAUGGUGAGAUGAUACUCUAAACGAUAUUAUAUAUAAUAUAUUAAGCUGUAGUAACGAUCAUUAUCAAUAUCCCUCUGUGGGGGGAAUCGUUACAAAACAAUUGCAGGGUGGUUAUUAUUAUUGAUUUCCAAAAAGUCUGAUUACCUCUUCCUGGUUGAAAACUUGUACAAGUUUUGACGAGAAUGAAAUAUCUAUACUAGAGUCGAUAACGUUGAGGUAGGAUAAUCUAAUGAAUUGAUGAAACAGUUUUUAAAUGUUGUACAUAAAAUUAUAUUGAUUCGUACGAAUGAUUUUUAGAUUGAAUUUGAAUUUAAUAUAUGAUUUUUUUUUUUGUAUACUUACAAUGCGUAAUUUUGCAUAUUUCAAUAUUGAUAUUUAAUAUAUUUCGGUCUUCUAUCAUGAUAUUGUUCACUUCGGAGAUUUGUUUAUUCUAAUGUAUCUCAAUAUUGAGAGCCGUUAUAAUCCAGGAAUGAUUGAAACGGACUCAUAUAACGAAUGUUCAAGCGCUUAGUAUACUCAUUGUUUAUUAUAGCAUAUGACGACGAUUAUUCCAUUCUAAUGAGAAUGUAUUCCAUAGUUUUGCGAUUUAAUGACAAAAGAUAAAGGACACUAUUCAAUUCUCAAUGAUAAUUAAAUUUUACUGCACUACAUAAGCUGCCAUUCAAAGUCUUUACAAUUAAAAACAAUAACAAUACGUAAAGUAAACGUAUCAAGUAUUAAUUGUGCCGAAAUGACGAUUAUUUUCUCGUCUGCAUUGAAGUACUCCAAGAAAGUGCUUCCAAAGAAAAUCUUAAUAUAAUAUUAAUGCAUUUGAACACAUUUAUUCCUUGAGCAUUUCAAGACUGCAUUUUAGCACCUUAUUAUAACUAUUGUGUAAACAUAAAAAAAUUGGAAUAAUUUAUUUUAAAAUUUUUUAUGCAACUCAGGUUAGUAGUGGUUGAAAAAGGAAUCCACUCUGUUCUUUUAAAACGAUGAAUCGUUUAUCCGACUCGCUGCGUAAGCUAUAUAACAGAAUUAGUGCAAAAUGUUAAAAAUUCUGAAAAAUAGUUAGUCACUGAAAUACGUCGUUCUAGUUGCGCGAUGAGAUCGCGGGGUGAAACGACAGAGCAGAAUAUCUAUGUAUACAAAAGUUUUCAGCUCAUUGACAUCGUUUUACAUAGACUAAAACGACUGAUCCAAUGCGAAAUUGAUGCAAAUGCACUGUGUAAUUUAUUCCAUGUAAUAUGUAUUUUUGUGUACCUACCUAAGUAAUUUAUUUUAUUAAAUUAAUUCUUAGGCAUAAGUCGUGUAUUUAUAUAAAUACGUAUCGUAAAUUAUACGUACGAUAAAAAAAAAUAAUAUGCGAGAAUUGGAAUAAAAUAUAAUUGUAUCGCACACAAACUGACGUAUGUCGAAUAUCUCGAAGAAAAAAACAAACAAUAAGAGAGUAUUGAAUACAAAAAUAUAAAUAAAUGCUUUUGCUGUAUGCAAUUAUUGACCAACGAGUGACGAUGGAAAGGCGUAUCGACGAGGCACAAUGUGUACAUAAUUUACGUGCGUUGUGCACUUUGCCCGAAUCUGAGAAUAAAUUGAUUGCCUUGAA